CAAAUUCGGGAUAAUUUUGAAAGGUUUAUGGGAAAAAUGGUUGAUUUAAAUAAAAACGUCAAAACAAACCAAGAUCAAAAAAAUCUCUCAAAAUCAUCACCUGCAGAGAACGAAGAAAUUGUGCCAUUGAAUGAAAACGCCGUCGAAGUGUUGCCAUCAACAAAAAUCAUCGAUAUAAAUAACGAUUGUCUUCAUCAUAUAUUCAAUCAUUUGGAGCUAGACGAACUCUUACAUCUAUCCGACUUGAGCUUAUCAUCAGCUUGUCAAUUGGCAUUCUCGCGCAGAUAUGGAAAUAAAUUCGUGGAAAUCGUUGCAUAUGAAUGUUCGAAAUAUCGUUGGUUCUCAAUAGCUGAAGACAUCAUUUGGGUCCACAACAUAACCGGAUGCCUUAAACUUUUGCGUCAUUUUGGAAAUUCAUUGUACGGUCUGGCCAUUUAUUUCGACCACACCAAACGAAUUCAAUGCGAACAAGUGGACAACUAUAUCCGUAAAUAUUGUACCAAAUCGCUGAAAAAACUUAGUUUUGAAAAUGCUCCCAAAUGGGUGUUCAACGACAUUCAAAAACCAUUUCCAAACGUUGAAACGGUUAUAUUCAGUGCAUCAACUUUGGCAAAAGAAUUGUGUGAAUUUAACAAAUGGUUCCCAAGCAUGAGUCGAUUGGAAUUCACAGCCGGCAACACAAUCCUUCACAGCAAAUGCAUCGAAGAUCGAUUUAUCAAUUUAAAACAUCUAUGGAUCGAAAUUAAUCCAGAAAAUGGAUUCAACAAAUCAAAUGUACUCGCAUGUCUGCGGUUGAAUUCAAAUCUUCAAAGUUUACGACUUAAAAACUGUUUUAAUGGGGUAUUUCUUAAUAAUGCCAGUCAAUAUUUACAAAACCUUGAAGAGCUUGUAGUUGAAACGGACAAAAAAUGCGAUUUUUACAACGAUGAUCUGAAAAUGCAUCUGAAAAACGUCAAAUAUUUCGAAAUUAUCGUGCCUGAUGUAAUCGGUAGGAUUCCAUUCACAUUUGAUCGCCUUGAAAAUGUACAUGUAGUUGCCAAAGGCAUAUAUGGAUGCGAUACAUUUUUUAGUGAGCAUUCAUUGAAAAAAUUACAGCUUUCAUUACCAUUGGAAAUGUCGGUGCUUACGGGCUCGUUUUUAAUUCACGGCGGUGUAUGGUCAUUUGCUGAGUCAUUGCCACAAAUAACAGAAUUCAAAGCUGAUAAAUGCACAUUUUCUACUAAUGAUGCUGCGAUUUUUCUCAACACAUGCCCCAUGCUCACACUAUUCCGCUGCAGAGCUGAUACUCAAUUUAGUUUAAGUCAUAUAAUGCAAGGUCUGGACAAAAAUGACAAAUGGCAGGGUGCCGUGGACCGAAAGAAAAAUGUUUUAUUGAAACGUCAAGUUUGUUGA